AUGGGCGUGCCAAGCGGGGUGACGUCACGGGAGACAGGAACGGGCUCCUUUUCCGGCAUUGCCUACACCCUGUACAACAUGGCCCUGGCAGCGGUACGAUCGGCCGGGGCUGUGCUGGCCCACGCAGCUGCCUCCAGCCGGCAAAUCACACUUCAGAAAGGAGCUCUGGGUUGUGUUUGCCAUAAAUCUACGUACACACCUCUUCCAGAUGACUACAAUUGCAAGGUGGAGCUUGCCUUGUCGUCAGAUGGCCGGACGAUCGUAUGCUACCACCCUUCUGUGGACGUUCCUUAUGAGCACACCAAACCUAUAACUAGACCAGAUCCUGUGGAUAACCAAGAAGAAACCUAUGAUCAAAUGCUGAAAGCCAAAUUAAAAGCAGAUGGCAAUACUAGUCAGCAAGGACCCAUGAUGGAAGAGCUGAGUAGACUUUUCUUCACUACAAAGCACGCUGGUACCCUCUUGGGCAGUAUCAUCAACGGCGCAGAAACCCUAACCCUCCCAAAGAGAGAUGAUUUUGAGGCACUAACAUAGUCAUCAUUUACUGUCAGAGGGAAAAUGUCAUCUUUUGUUUAUUUCACUACUUGAAGAAAUGAAAUAAGAUGUUUCCUGAUGUUACAUGAGGAAGUUUUAAUAAAUUUUUUUUUCCAGA